AUGGACCAUCAAAAGCUCUUAUGUCGGACGUAUCGCGUUCGAGACACGUUUGACACACUUUGCUGUUGCGAGUACCCGUUUUGCAAUCAGCAUAUUCAAGCCGUCGCCAACUCGUCAUUAUACGAUUACAUUCCGUUGAACACCGACGCCGUUGGCACUUGUGUUGAAGGCACUUAUCGAUUCAAUCGAAUGACCGUCUGGAAUUUUACCGACGAUGUUCUGCCAUUUCCGGUGUGUUCGCUGCGAAUUAAUGUCGAAAAUAUCCAGGAUCCGAGAAGCCAACGAGUACAUUCAGUGAUUUCAAUUGAUUUGGAAAUGGGAUGCGGUUUUGAUAUGGGACCCGAUGAUCUUUUAAUUUAUACCAGCAAUGAUACCGUUGAAUAUUGCUGCCGCGGGCAUCGCUGCAAUCAGAAGCUGUUUCUAAAUUUUGGCCUCGAACUUCUAAUAAACUCGAUGUUCGCCGAUCACGAAUAUGAAUAUCGUCAGCGAUUCACUCAUGAAUUCCGCAAGCAUUCCGUAUUGAUGAGCGAAACUGAAUCCUAUUAUGAGGAGUUCACCAUUUCGGCAAUGAUAAGCAUCCUCGUCGCAUUCACUAUAACCGGAAUUGUUUUCUUAAUAAUCGCCUUCCGGAUAUUCGAGCCGAAAUCAAUUGUAGCUGUGCCAGAAAGUGAUGAAGAUGAGGGAUUGUACUGA